UGGCAUCGAGGUUUGUUGCAUGGAUUGGUUCCUGAGCUAGAGUUAUUAUGGUGCGGUGUGCAGUUACUGGUGAGAAUAUGUUUCAGGUUGGCAGGCCAGUCCUCGCCCACAGGCAACCUGCCAACCUGAAACAUAUUCUCACCAGUAACUGCACACCGCACCAUAAUAACUCUAGCUCAGGAACCAAUCCAUGCAACAAACCUCGAUGCCAACUCUGCCCACAUAUCUACACCAGCGACACCAUCACAGGACCUAACCAGAUCAGCCACACCAUCACUGGUUCAUUCACCUGCACAUCCACCAAUGUAAUAUACGCCAUCAUAUGCCAGCAAUGCCCCUCUGCUAUGUACAUCGGCCAAACUGGACAGUCUCUACAGAAAAGGAUAAAUGGACACAAAUCAGACAUUAGGAAUGGCAAUAUACAAAAACCUGUAGGAGAGCACUUCAACUUCCCUGGCCACACUAUAGCAGACCUUAAGGUGGCCAUCCUGCAGCAAAAAAACUUCAGGACCAGACUUCAAAGAGAAACUGCUGAGCUUCAGUUCGUCUGCAAAUUUGACACCAUCAGCUCAGGAUUGAACAAAGACUGUGAAUGGCUUGCCAACUACAGAACCAGUUUCUCCUCUCUUGGUCUUCACACCUCAACUGCUAGAACAGGGCCUCAUCCUCCCUGAUUGAACUGACCUCGUUAUCUCUAGCUUGCUUGCUAGCAUAUAUAUAACUGCCCCUGGAAAUUUCCACUACAUGCAUCUGAGGAAGUGGGUAUUUACCCACGAAAGCUCAUGCUCCAAAACGUCUGUUAGUCUAUAAGGUGCCACAGGAUUCUUUGCUGCUUUUACAGAUCCAGACUAAC